AUGGAUGUCGUUCGCACUCGGCAUGACGACGCCCUCAAGCUUAUCGAGCGACAGGUGACGGCGUCAGCAGGUGACAACAAGGAUCGCGUCGAGCUUCGGGUGAACCAGACGGUGCCGUCGCUACCUGGACCGGCGCUGAGGCCCGACCUACAAGUAUACAACCACACCAAGCGAACGGUGUCGGUGGUGGAUCUGGCCAUUGCGUUCGAGGAGCAGACUGGGGACGACCCCGACACGUCUUCACUCACACGUAUCGCUGCGCUCAAGAGGACCAAGUACGCCGGUAUCAAGCGUCAUCUCGAACACCAAGGAUGGACCGUGCAGCUUUCAGCGCUGGUCUACGGGUCACUCGGUGCGGUUGCUGGUGGUAACCUCGCGGUUUACACCGAGCACCUUGGAAUGCUCAAGUGCGAUGCGAAGCGGCUGGACCGGCACGCGCCAGCAACCAAGGAAACCAAGCGAAUCAAGAGGAUCAAGAGCGUCAAGACAAAGCUCAAGGGGCAGUCGAGUGACGGAGACCGGGGGAAUCCGUCACACAACGGCCACCGCUAG